AUGGCAAACUGCAUAUACCAAUACUCCGUGCUGGGAGCGCUCAUGGACGGCAUCUGUCAAGAUGGAACCACGGCGCAAAACAUUCUCAAACAUGGUGACCAUGGCAUCGGCACCAUCCGCGGUCUCAACGGCGAACUAGUGAUCAUCGACGGGGUGGCAUAUCACUUCCCAGCGGACGGACCCCUACGCCCUGUCGAAGACGCGGAUAUAAUCCCAUACGCAAUGACUACCAAGUUCCAGCCCACGCUGACCAGCCAUGUUCCCUGCACCUCCAUGUCGUCUCUAUUCGACACGCUGUCACCUGUAUUUCCGGGUGAGCAGAACGUCUUCCUCUCGAUUCGACUCGUUGCCUCCUUCUCGCGGGUCGUCUUUCGCGUGAUUCCAGCCCAGUCAAACCCACGGGAAACCCUUUUAUCCCUGGCGAAAAGGCAGGAGAUCCGAGAAUGCAGACAUAUACAGGGCACGCUGUUCGGGUUUUGGUCACCCAAGUAUACCAGUGGGCUUAGCGUACCGGGAUUCCACCUGCAUUUGCUGUCCACGGAUCGUACUUUGGGCGGCCAUGUUAUGGAUUUUGAUGCAGAGGAUGGGCAGCUGGAUGCAGCAGUGGUGAGAAAUUAUCAGGUGGAGCUUCCUGAUUCGGAGGAAUUUCGCGAGGCACCCUUGAACUGCGUGAAGGAGCAAGAGCUGCACACUGCUGAGGGAGUCUCCACGUCUCAUUAA